AUGCCUGUCAACACCCGUCUUCUGGACGCUGAGCAGCGUCAACAGCGUAUCCACGAGCACACCAUGGCGCAUCAAAGCCAGCUGCACCAAGCCGAGCUUGUUCUCAAUGACGAGAAGACAAGGAGGCUGAGGGUACGAAAGCAGCUAUUGGCAGACGAUAAUGAUGCUUUGCAACAGCGCCUGAAGGUCAGCGGAUCCCAGGUCACUCAGCUGUCGGGGCAGCUUGAACAGGCACAGUCGGAGGUGAAGGCAACGAAGCAAGCCUAUCGCCAGCUUAAAAAAGCCCUCGAUACCCAAGCACGGGAAGCCUCACACCUCAAGAUGGAGCUCGAAUCGCUCAACAACACAGCCCAGGACUCCACCAAGGUGCUAGCCGAAAAGCUGGCUCUCAGUCGCGAAAUUGCGCAAAUGAAACCGGAACUUGAACACCUACGUUCCCAGCUGGCACAUCAACAGACUGUGCUUGCGGAAAAGUUGUCUCUGGAGCGACAACUCAACUCGGCUGAGGUUGAGCUAGCCGCCGAAAGGCGUGCUCGGUUACAGUCCGCAGAGAAGCACGACCUUGAAAGAGCCGACAGCGACGAAACAAAGCAGAAGUUGAAGGAUGUCGAAAACCGAUUGGCAGCCGAAACGCGCGAAUUAGGACGACUUCGUCAAGAACUUGCAUCAGCGCAAGACAGUUCACGAUCACAAGAGAAGAGGACCGCUGCGGACGUAGAACUGCAGGCAAAAGUCAAAGAACUCGAAAAGUCAUUGGCGAACGAGAAAAACGAGGCCAAGCGGGCAAAGAAGGAAGCUGAAGUUGCGCUGUCUGAGCUGCAGGCCCAGAACGAAAACCUCGAGUCCAGGGUGGACAGCCUCAAAACGAAGUUGCGAAGCACUCAGAGCGAACUGAAGGGAUCCAAGGCGGAGCUCGAGGCCAUGCGAGAGGCACACGUCACGAACCUUAAGGGCGCAAACCGCGCAUCAGGACCCGACCACCACGCUACGAAGAAACGACGAGCUGUAGACCUGGGUGCUGAGGACAUCACAACCGAGGCCGUCAAUGAUGGCGAUUGGAAAUCUCGCCGACCCGCUAAGAAACGAGGGCUUGACCAAACGCUUCUUGGAGAGAAGUCCACAUUCUCGAUUACGCCUUUCCUGAAUCGCACCAAGGGUGUGAACGUCGACGCAUCUGUGGACGAGGAUGCAGAGGAAGAUGAAGCGGAUGUGAGCCACAUUCCUCAUGCCGAAACGGUCCGGAGGGCUGAGGCCGAGGCUGUGGAUGCAGCCAAGGACGUGGAGAGGGCGCUCGUCUCUGCCACAUCCGGAGCUGAAGGAAAGCAAGGCAAGGCUCGAGGAAGGCCUAAGAAGGCUCUUGCGUCGACGUCCCCCAACAUUCCACCCUGCGCAGUCGCUCGACCAGACAAGAUGAAGAAGGCUGCAAGGAACGUUGCGGUUCUGACGCAGGUUACUGAGGAGUCGACUGAUGUUGAAGCUCCAGCAGCCGGUACAAUCAGCGCUACGCAUGAUGUUUCAGAACCCUCUAUUGACGCCUCUGUCGAGAACGGGGCCGUCAAGCCAGCUGUUCGGGUUCUCGAGAAGAAAAAGAAGCGCAAACUGGUCGGUGACAGCUCAAAGACGAUAUUCGAUGAGGAGGAAGCAGAGCCUGUAGAUCUACCGGUCAAGAGGAGCAACCAAAUCAAGCUUGGACCGGGCAAGAUUCUGAAGAAUCCCAAGCUUGGCAUGGCUCGCAAGGCCUUUGCAGGGGCGGCGUUCUCUCCUCUCAAGAAAGAUCGCAGGGGCGUAGGCGCGAGUUUUCUUGUAUAG